AUGACAAGCACCACUGAAUCGCAUAUUGCUCAAAUCAAGAGGCUGGCUCCAUAUCUUGACUCACACAUUCUGCUUUAGUUCCUUAAAAAUCACGUGCCAAACUCUGAUAAGCUUCAAGAGCAGCUCACUAACUCUUUAUUGAUCUCACAGAAGGAGAAAGUGCAACAACUCGAAGAAGAUGCUAAGAAUGAGGCUUCAAAGCUAUUAACACUCUUAAAUAAUCAUCAGGAGUUCCAAAAACUGAGAUCAGACAGAGAAUUCACUCUUGAAAAGCUGCAAGAAGAUAAGGGUAUCUAGCUUCAAGAUUGCAAAAAGCUAUUUGCCUAUGCUAAACUCUAGUAUGAAGCAGGUGAAUACAAAUCUGCUGAGAAGUAUCUAUUCCACUUGAAGGAAAUUUUGACUCAAGAGCAACAAACUUAGAUUGAAUUCGUCUUGUAGGUAUUCUGGGGUCUACUAUCAAGUGAAAUUCUUCUUCAAAGGGAGAAGCAAACAGUAGAGAACACUACUUUGAGAAAGCUUAAGGAAUUCAUUGAGAAACUUCAACAAGAACAGGUUCACUCCUAUCAGGAAAGCAUGAGUCACAAGGCCUGGUUGUUGCAUCAGAUAUUGGUAUACAGCUUCAGCAACAAUUACACUGAUUUGUUUGCUGACAUUCUUACCAACAGAGCAGUUUAUGGAACCGUAUUCUUGAAUAUCAUUCAGAUUAAGAGUCAGUAUCUUCUCAGAUAUUUAGUUGCUUCUUUACUCUUGAAGAGAGAAGUUGAUGAACUCUUAGAGACUGCACUUCCAAUCAUCCUUCAAGAAAAGGAUCAAUACUCAGAUGUUUUCACAGAAUUCAUUGAAGCACUAUAUGAAGAUUUCGACUUCGAUAGAGCACAAAGUCUAGUUUAGAAAAUUGCUGAAGAAGCCCAAAAUGACUUAUUAUUGAAGAACUUUGCCACUCAAUUGUAAAAUCAAGCAGGACUCUUAGUCUAUGAAGUAAAGAGCUAAAUUUACAAGUCAGUAGAUCUGUCUCAACUUGCUGCUGAUACUGGCAAGGAUCACACCGAGGCAUUACAUUUACUCGAAGAGAAUAUGAAGGAAGAGGGUUUUUCAGUAGAUGUCACUCCAGACCAAAAGACUUUCACUUUAGUGGGUCAGCUUGCAGAUACCAAGGGAAGAAUAGAGAUGAAAACUAAUCUAAUGGUUCAGAGAACGAUUCAGCUUAACGAACAUUACUAAAAACAAUUACAAUUUCUGAAGACUUAGCAGAAUUUGCAAGCAUUAGAUGGUUUCGUGACUGGCUUAACUCUCCCUCAUUUCUUAAGUGAAAAUGUCUAUAUGACUCUAGCAACUUGCUUCCUUAGGCCUCAUCUCAAGUUCAAGGAAUAUCUGGACAAUAAGCCGGAGGAUAUGGCUCUCUCCACGCAGGUCUUGGAUUAAUAUGUCAAGGACACUCUAACCUCCUUCUUGAAAUUCUUCGUUAUUAUUGGGCCAGUCAUUUAUUAUACUCAUAUAAAGAAAGAAGAAGUCUAAUUGUUAGAGAAGGAUAAGGAUAAUGUCCCAAUAAUGACAACUAAAGAUAAAUAUUCUCAAAUCUUAAUAAAAAUGAAGGAAAAAGAGUUGAGUGAAGCAGGAGAGCAUCUUGCUUCAGAAAAGAAGUAGAUCAGCUUUUAGGACUAUGAAAAAUUUAUAGAGUAACUAGAAAAAGAAAAGAAGUUCUAGGUAUUGGAAAGAAACAAUCCAGAUUCAUUAUUGUAUGGAAAGGAAAAAGGAGAAGAACUUUAACAGUUAAAGCACGCUAAAGAAUUAUGA